AUGUCUGUCUACGAUAGUAAAGCUAAUUAUCAUCCAGUAUCAACUUUACCUGGUAGUUUACCUAAUGGAUCUUAUCUUUUACCUGGUAAUGGUUAUUUCAGUGUUGAAGGACAUUUACCUCGACUUCGUUAUGAUACUCAAAAAUUUCUCGAUGAUCCAAAAUAUGCUUAUUCACAAAGUUAUCGUAUUGAUGCAAUGCAAGCAUUGAAUAAUGCAAAAAAAGGUACAAGUUUACCACGAUAUUAUUCAUAUUAUCCUCAUUUUGAAGCAACACGUGAACGACAUAUAUUUGUACCAAAAUAUUUUCCUAAUGAAAAUCCAUCAUGUUAUGAACAUAAAGGUUUAAAACAUUUUAAAGAUCUAGCUUCAAAUUCAGAAAUUUAUGCACUUCGAAGUGUUAAUAGUUUACCACCAUUAGAUUAUGUUACUAUACCCAAAUCUGAUCAAAAUAAUGAAAUCUAUCGAACUUAUCAAGCAAAAAUGCCUUAUGAUAUGAUGGUAUUACGGGAUGAGCAAAUAUAUAAAACACCAUAUUCAAAAGAUUGUAUGACACGUAAUAAAUCAUUUAUUACAAGUACAACACUUGUACCACGAGGACCUUAA